ACAGGGUAUAGCAGCUGGGCCCCUUCAGGGCAACUAGCCAUUAGGACCACGCUCUGGUACAUUACACAUUGCAUUACUGUAUCCUCAUUGCAUUUUCCCAACUGGCCCUCAACAGAUGAGGGAGGGACUUUGUGAGGAGAUAAAGGGUAUUACUGACCAUUAGUGUCCUGUGGAUUAUCAUAAUCCUUCCCUGGUGCUAUCAGAGAGGCUACAGUAUAGUGCUUCAGUGUGGUCCUGUCACUGUGUAGGCAUGAAGAUGGAAUCCCAUGGACAGUGUAUUCUGUUGGCCCUCCUGCUUCUGUCUAACGUUCUAAUCCGUGUACACGCUCAGGAGGGGGAGGAAGUGACUGAGACAUGGACAGGACGAGCCUGUAAGUGUGACUGUGAGGGGGCAGAAUCCCCAACCCAGUUCACCUCCCUCUCCCCCACCCCACCACGUGUCAUGGAGUGCAUGCCAGAGUGUCCGUACCACAAGCCCCUGGGUUUGGAGGCUGGAUCAGUCAGACCAGACCAGAUCAGCUGCUCCAACGAGGACCAGUACACUGGCUGGUUCUCCUCCUGGCUCCCCAGCAAUGCCAGACUCAACAACCAGGGCUUUGGGUGUGCAUGGCUGUCUAAGUUCCAGGACAACAGCCAGUGGUUGCAGAUUGACCUGAAGGAGGUGAUGGUGGUGUCUGGUAUCCUGACCCAGGGGCGCUGUGACGCUGACGAAUGGAUCACCAAGUAUAGCGUCCAGUACCGCACCGACCAGAAUCUCAACUGGAUCUACUACAAGGACCAGACGGGGAACAACAGGGUGUUCUACGGGAACUCGGACCGCUCCUCCUCGGUUCAGAACCUCCUGCGUCCUCCCAUGGUAACUCGCUACAUCCGUUUACUCCCUCUGGGCUGGCACACACGUAUCGCCAUCCGCAUGGAGCUGCUGCUCUGCAUGAGCAAGUGUACCUGAUUCUGUCUGUCCUGACGACCAGGGUCACACUCAGCAGGGUACAACACCGUGGAAUGUUCAGACAGAAAAUGUAAUGAAUAGAACUGACAUGAUUCUACAUGACAGACAGUCAUAUUGGUUCUACACAAUAUAUUUCUAUGUGAAGGUCCUGUAAUGAUACACCCUCCUGAACAGGCCCAAGGAGAGCCCUGGUCGUUCCCCUGGUCGUUCCCCUGGUCGUUCCCCUGGCUGUUCCCCUGGUCGUUCUCCUGGUCGUUCCCCUGGUCGUUCCCCUGGCUGUUCCCCUGGCUGUUCCCCUGGCUGUCCCCUAUGCCAAAGUGAAAUCUACUGCUCUGGAAACCCUUGUUUCCUUUCCUUCCCCAAAACGGUUAAGUAAUAUCGCUCUCCCAGAGAUUGGUUUUAUGUGUGAAAAGGUCCAUUCUGUUUUCAGAUCAGAUGCAAAGUGUUACAACAACAACAGUUUUAUUUAUUAUCAUUUUUUUACACUGAACAAAAAGGGGUGGCUGGCCAGUUGUUUCCACUUGGAUGAGGAAGAGUGGGAUAAAUACAUGCCUGUGAAGCGACAAACCCAGAGAAAUUGGGGAUGAUUAUGUGAUGAGGAAAGCUCAGAGACAAAGAUGACUACCAGUCCUGUGGUUAACUGGAUGUUGUGUACUGUACUGUACUGUACCGUGUUGUGUACUGUGCUGUGUUGUGUGUGUGGAUUCUGAUGUAGUUUGUGACAGUGAUGUAGAGUCCAGUGGAGGUAUCGUUCGUUGCUUGUUUUAUUGUAUUCAUUUAAAGUUGACCAAAACCAGUUCCUGAAAUAAAGACAAACUCUUGUA